UUUAACAUUUUUCAACAAAUUUCGUGAAUUUGUGGCAAAACUGCAGCUGUUUUCCUCGUGGUGGCAAAAUGAAGAACCGGCGGAAUGUUCCGAAAUCCAAAAAAGGACCUUUCCGGACGAAGGGCAUGAAGAAAAAGCUAAAAAAACAGCAGGCGAAUCGACCGGCACCCACACGACAGAGCAAACAGCAGAAACACAUCACCCGCGCUCAAGAAACGGUCGAGGCUCAAAAACGGCAGAUCCAAACCGAGCUCAAAUACCGGAAACAGGCGAAUGCCCCGCUGGAGUACGAGUUCAGUGAUUCGGAUGUGGAACCGGAAGCGAAAGAGGAGGGGGCGUUCGAGAAUCUUAUGGAAAUGCUCUCCAGCAAACGCGCGAGGGUGAGCGAGUACAGCGAAGACGAGGAGGAUGACGAGGAGGACGACGGGGAAGAGGAGGCGAGCGAUGCGGAGAUGGUUUCGGAACAGGGAUCUGGAUCCGAUCUGGGAGCAAGCGAAGACAGCGAAGCAGGCGAGGAAGAAGAUUCGGUGGUCGAGGAAGACGAGGAGGAAGAUGCCCCUCCAGAUGAUGGGGAUAGCACGAUUUCGUCGGAAGAGGAAGACACGGAAACCGUAACGGAUCCGUACAUGCUGCACACGGCCUUUAACAUAAGCCCCGGAAUGCUGGAAGCGCUGGCAGCCGAGCCGGUUUCUCUCGAGGGGAAAGCCAUGCCUUUCGGUAGUCUUGGAAACAUCUACGUCGAGUUACCGAAGCAAAAUGCUAUGAUGAAAAUGGAGUUGAAGGGAAUCGUCCAACGAGAACGGUACGCCACACCGGGCAGUCUACCGGUGGUCCCGGACGUAUCCAGCGAGAUUAAAUGGUCGGAGUUGCAUGUAAAGGACAAAAUCGUUCGCAACAUUACCGAAACACCGAAUGCAAUGCAGCGAGAAGUAUUCACCAUCCUUAACAACUACCAGGACCUUCUUUUCACAGGGCGUACCCUAGGAAACGGUGACGAGCUCCGGUUCGCCUACUGCCUGCAUGCCCUUAACCACCUCGUGAAGGCCGUGACGAAGAUCCAGCACCACAACCUGAAAUUGGCCGCAGCGCAACCGGCUCCGUCGAAAAAAUCCCGACGGAAUCGUCGCAAAAAGGAGAAAGAAGUCAUCGAUCCGGAGAUUCUAGUACCGGAAUACCGCGAUCAAGGUUUGGUUCGACCGAAAGUCUUGAUCGUAGUGCCCUUCCGCCAUUCGGCCUUGAAGAUCGUGAACCAGCUGAAGGAACUGUUUGCUGGCGAUAACGCGAAGGCGGUCAACAACUAUAAGCGUUUCGCCGAAGAGUAUGGCGGGGAGGAUACGCUCGUCUUCCCGCAGAUCAACCGGAAACCGGAAGAUUACGAGCAAACGUUCGCUGGCAACAUUGACGAUAACUUCCGCAUCGGAAUCGCCUUUAAUCGGUCAUCGAUGAAACUGUACACGCGGUACUAUGCCUCGGAUUUGAUAAUAGCGUCACCGCUUGGCCUACGCAUGACCAUCGGUGCGGAAGGAGAAUCCGAGCGGGAUUUCGAUUUUCUUUCCAGCAUCGAGAUGCUGAUCAUCGAUCAGGCCGAGGUGUGCUAUGCACAGAACUGGGACCACGUGUUGCAUCUGUUCGAACAUCUUCAUCGACAGCCAAAGAGUGCAGAGAAUACGGAUUUCUCGCGGGUGCGUGACUGGUGCCUUAAUGGAUGGACAAAGUUCUACCGCCAGACGGUGUUCCUGUCUUCGCUCGAGUUGCCCGAGUAUCGUUCGCUGUUUAACAAACAUUGUCAGAAUUAUCGAGGCAAGAUACGCACCGUGAAUCGUGUGACGCAUGGCAGUAUCCGGCACGUAGUGGUUCGAGUUCCCCAGAGUUUCCAACGCAUCGAGGUCACUUCCCUCGAAGGACAAAGCAAUGCACGGUUCUCACACUUUGUGAGUGUGAUUCUACCCCAGGCCCGUAGCCUCACGAUGGCACGCUGUCUGAUCUACGUGCCGAGCUAUUUCGAUUUCGUCCGGUUGAGGAACUACUUCAAGAAGGAGGAACUCAGUUUUACUCAGAUCUGUGAGUACACGACGGAUGCCAAGAUCGCUCGGGCACGGGAUAUGUUCUACCAUGGCAGCAAGCACUUUCUGCUCUACUCCGAGCGAUCACACUUCUUCCGGCGACAUCGUAUCAAGGGCAUACGACACCUUAUCAUGUACGCUCCGCCGGUCUAUCCCCACUUUUAUCCCGAGAUGAUCAAUCUGAUGGCCAACGAGUUCCAGAAUCUGAAGGACGGUGUCGAUGCUACCGCAAUGACAGCCACAGUACUGUUCACAAAGUACGAUUCCCUGUAUCUGUCCGCCAUUCUGGGAACCGACCGAGCCCGUACCAUCCUGCAAGCGCCGAAAUCGGUGCACCGUUUAACGACGGAUACGAAGUGAGUGUUUGGCUGGCCAGUUGAUAAUGAAUAAACUGUUGAUUUAA